GGUUGGAGUUACCCAGACUUCCUUGGAUCUAUAAAAUCUUUAGACAGCAAUUUAUCUUAAGGGAUUCAGCAGCACAUCUCUUUUCAGUGUAGGUUUGUGAGCUUCAUUGUCCCCCCGGCUGACUAAUUUGGUGCAUCUUCUUCUAGCAGAGUUGAUUGUGGUGAGAUCGCAGGUCGAGAGGAUGACAGCUCGAGUGUACUGCUCAUUGAGUGUCGUUUUAUUGUGUCUGUUUGCAUGUUUCAGCACAAACCACGCUGGAGUCAUAGCAAAGCCGGGACCGAGUCCAAGCACGAAAUCUGGUGGAGGGAAUUGUGCUGAGAUGUGUUCCUGUGACCGUGACUGUCCCAACCAUGGGAAAUGUGGCAGCAAUGGAUGUGGAUGUCAGUGUAUGGCUCAAAAUACAGUGAAGUCUGCAGCUGAACUGGCAAAGCCUGCAGUUUGUACUGAAAACUGUCAAAAGACUCACCCUGAUGCCGAAUGUUCUGGCCCUAAGAGCGGUCCUCCAGAGCCUGUAGUGAAGCCUGUGGCCGAACCAGCAAAGCCUCCAGUGAAGCCUGUGGCUGAACCAGCAAAGCCUGCAGUAUGUGCUGAAACCGGUCAAACUCGCCCUAAUGCCCAAUGUCCUGGCCCUAAGGGGGGUCCCCCAGAACCUGUAGUUAAGCCUGUGGCCGAACCAGCAAAGCCUCCAGUGGAGCCUGUGGCUGAACCAGCAAAGCCUGCAGUAUGUUCUGAAAACUGUCAAACUCACCCUAAUGCCCAAUGUCCUGGCCCUAAGGGGGGUCCUCCAGAGCCUGUAGUGAUGCCUGCGUCCCAACCAGAGAAGCCUGCGGCCGAACCAGCAAAGCCUGCAGUAUGUGCUGAAAACUGUCAAACUCACCCUGAUGCCGAAUGUCCUGGCCCUAAGGGGGGUCCUCCAGAGCCUGUAGUGAUGACUGCGGCUGAACCAGCAAAGCCUGCAGUAUGUGCUGAAAACUGUCAAAAGACUCACCCUAAUGGCAAAUGUCCUGGUUGUAAGGGGGGUCCCCCAGAACCUGUAGUGAAGCCUGUGGCCAAACCAGCAAAGCCUGCAGUUUGUGCUGAAAACUGUCAAAAGACUCACCCUGAUACCCAAUGUCCUGGCCCUAAGGGGGGUCCUCCAGAGCCUGUAGUGAUGCCUGCGUCCCAACCAGAGAAGCCUGCGGCCGAACCAGCAAAGCCUGUAGUAUGUGCUGAAAACUGUCAAAAGACUCACCCUGAUGCCGAAUUUCCUGGACCUAAGGGGGGUCCCCCAGAGCCUCCAGUGACGCCUGUGGCCGAACCAGCAAAGCCUGCAGUAUGUGCUGAAAACUGUCAAACUCACCCUAAUGCCCAAUGUCCUGGUUCUAAGGGGGGUCCUCCUGGCCAUAAAGAAAGCCAAGCAUGCAGUUAAGUGUUCAUUUUUCCACUGUUUUCUCUGUAUAACAAAUAAAAAA